UUUGGUGUCUCUGGUCGUGUCAACAGCGUGAAAUCAUUUUUGCCCCAAACGGCAUACAAAUUGAAGCGACACAGAGAGAGAGAGAAAAUGUUCAAGUAGUGUGAGUCACCCAAAAAAUUAUUAUAUAAAAUUGCACAGAGUGUUUAUUUGUGAAAGAAUUUUCCUGUUUACUGUGGCUGGAUUAGCUGAGUGUUGAGGGGAGCAAAGAAAAAGAACCCAUUUGCUUGAGACGAGGGAUUUUGUAAAAAAAGAGCAUAAAAAGACAAAUUGGUGAAGACAUUCCAAGAGCUUUUCGUGUCGUGCAAAAGCAGAAAAAGGGGAUUUUUCUUUAAGAUUUUGGUGAAAGAAAUUGGCUCAACACAAUGUCAGCUGCAGCUAGAUCAAAGGAGAAGGUUGCUUCGGCAAUUAGGAAGUUCUUCAAGAGUCCCGAUAAGAAGCACGAGGGUAACAAUGAGGGCAGUACAAAUGCCGGACCUUCAGGGAGUCCCGGGAAACGACUCAGGAGGGGCGUCUCCCCGAGUCCAGCAGGACCUCAAGUACAGAUCCCUAAAGCAAUAGAUACGACAAUCCGAGCACGGCGUCUCAUGAAGGAGUACCGUGAGAUACAGAAACAGAGCACACGUCCCGAGCCAAUCUUCACGGUGGACCUUGUGAAUGACAACCUGUUUGAGUGGCACGUGCGACUGCACCAUGUCGAUCCUGAUAGUGCUCUCGCUGAGGAUAUGGCUGAAUUGGGCGUCCCACACAUCCUGCUGCACCUUGUCUUCCCUGAGAACUUCCCAUUCGCGCCGCCAUUCAUGCGGGUGGUGGAGCCGCGAAUUGAGAAGGGUUUUGUAAUGGAGGGUGGUGCCAUAUGUAUGGAAUUGCUCACACCACGUGGCUGGGCGAGCGCCUACACCGUUGAAGCGGUACUAAUGCAAUUUGCAGCGAGUCUGGUCAAGGGGCAGGGGAGGAUUUCGCGAAAAUCAAAAAAUUCCAAGGAAUUCACCAAGAGGUUUUCUGUUUCCAGACGAACGGCCGAGGAGGCUUUCAGGAGCCUCGUGAAGACACAUGAGAAGUACGGUUGGGUCACACCUGCCCUAUCUGAUGGCUAAAUGGCUCUACGCAAGCAGAGCGUUGACCCCUCCAAGUGUUUUCCUUUUUUUCCCCAUUUCGGCCAGACGAAGAUUGCAAAAAAUUUUUAAGUGAACUGAUGAAUUGAUCUCGUUUGUUUUUAAGUAGAAGUUGGAGAAGGAUGAGAAAUUUUGGUUUUUUUUUUCCAAAUUGCCAUAAAAUAUUGUAAAAUAUCUACUGUAAUAGAAAAAUUUAGUUCUUGGGAGGAUUCCUUGCCAUUUUUAAUACUCCCUAAAUGAAAUUAUAUCUCUUUGAAGAAGAAAAAAUGCUCAUUGAAGUCACAAAAUAAAUCAUUUUUCCUCACGCUUUUCUCCUUUCCACGUGGAAUCUCACACACACACAUUACAUUCUUUUCUCUUUAUCUCUCUUCUUUUCAUAAUUUUCUUUUCUUCUUUGUUCUUUAAUGGGAAUUUAUUAGUGUGUAUAAUGAGAAGAGAGAAUAAUAAAAUGAAGAAAAAAACUUAGAUUUAUUCGUGUAAGCAAAGAAA